GUUAUGAAGAAUGUGAUAACGGCACUCGACGUUUCUAUCAUCUCUUAGCAGGCCCAGAAUCGCAACCAUAAGCUUACGGAGGAGCGCAUCAGCCGUGAGGCAUGACGUACGAAGGCCCGACGGCACAUUCAAGGCGUCAAAGAUGGCGCUACUUUCCAUGGGUCAGCUUCGAGCCAAAAUGAAGGCACGCGCAGAUGAGGAAUACGAAGAUGAAGCAACGCAGCUUACCCGAGCCCAAGAGAAGAUGAUGAGGGAUAUCCAGAAGCAAGAACAUGAAAAGGUUCAUAAUGACCGCGUCAGUCAGCCGGUCUUACGAGGCAGGGCUGCGGCGGCGGCGAAGAAACAGGCUGAAGAAGACUAUCGCGAGAAGUUAAACACCCAGAUCCCUGAAGAAGAAAAAGACCAAGCAACACAGCUUCUUAAGCAAUGGAACAGAGCCGAUGACCUUAAGAAGUGGUCUCUUUAUCACACAAGGCUCUACCCAUCCUCAAGAUGCUGCCGGAAGUUGUUGAAGCGAGUGGCUCAAGAGCUACAACUUCCUGGUCUCCCGGAAGAUAUACAAGCCGACCCCGAGGCUCCGGGAGACUGCCUAUCGCUAGGGCUUUCGUCGAUGCCUCUUAUACCUCUGAGUGACUCCUCUGGUGUUCAAGUUGUCCUAAAAGGGGGCAACCGCAGCCAACCGAACCCCUUUGCGCUACCCUUCACUCAUCAGCCCCUGGGCUUAUCACAGGCAGAAGACGAAGCCGUGAUAGAUAAGAUUAUGGAAGAAAUUACGGCGCAGGAAGUGGUAGAUGAUGAAGAUGAUGAUAAUCGUCUGAUUACGCUGAGGAAUUCUCAUUUGAAUGCAUUGUGGUCUUCAUCUGACGACGAUGAAGAUCCCUCUUUUAUUGUUAGUGUAGGGCGGCGAAUUACAUUGCCGCCGGGACGUCUGAUACAGGGAUACAAAGGCGUCAAGGAUACUAUGAAUGCAGCCGUCUCCCCAGGCGAGAGAUGGGGGAGUAAAGGGCUUACUCAACCCAUCAAGUAA